UUCAUUUCAACUGUUUCUUUGUUUUCUUUCCAUCAAUUCUUGAUUGUUUCUGUUUUUUUAAUUUUGGAUAGUGAUUUGAUUUCUGUUUAAAAGUCAUAAUUUUUUUUCUGGGUUUUGCUUGAUCUAUUGUGGGAUAUUGAUUUAAUUGUUUGUUGUGUGUGGUUUGUGCCUCAAGUUUCAAUUUUUAUGAUGGCAUUGGGGUUGUCGGAUCAGAAAGUAUGGGUUUUUGGAUCGGUUAGAUGUAAUACAUUUGAUGAAUUGGUGUUUGUAUCUGUUAUCAUGGCCUCUGCUUUUUUGGUAUGUAUAAUUAGACGUAGUCACAUCUUUUGAUUCAUAUUAAUUGAAUAUGGAUUUUGGAAUUGGAUUUUGCUGUGAAUCCUGAUUGGUUAGUAACAAUCUUCUUCUGAACUUAAAAUCUUACCUGCCGAAACAAAAGUGGGAGCGCAAGAUUGAUUUCAAAGGAUUAUUGAGGUAUCCUUGAAAGGUUAAGAUAGUAGGUUAGCUACUUUUGUAUUCCGUAAUAAGUCAAUCCCCCACCUAAAAAGGGCCUUUGAGUUGUUGAUAUGGUGAAUAAAUAUUGAUAUUAGCUCUUUUAGGUUAAAGGCCCUUCAGUGAGAUAGCAAGCAUGGUGUUACGCUCUAGAAGUUGGCUGUUUAGUCUCUAAUAGUGUUUCUUGUUAGGCAAGAGUGUAUGUGUGAUGCAAGCUCCCGGGAUUUUAAACAUAUGAGUACUUUCAUUUGAUGUCUUACUUUUUCUAGAGAUAGCUGUAGAUAGGGUUUCCAAGAUUGAAACAUACCAUUGUGUAAUUUGUCUUGUUCCCAGUUAAUAGAACUCAAGCGCCCAUCAUUGUCCUAUGGUCAUCAGAACUUUCCUCUGAAAAGACAUUUAUGGAAUUUGAAUUUGUUGUUGAGAUACCGUGUAAAUUUUGUUCAGUGCUAUUCAAUAUUGUUGUUGGUGGUGAUUUUUGCUAUCAUAUCUGAAUUCUUAAUGAAAGAAUUCAUUCCAAGCUUGAAUUCUGAUCCUCCAAAACAAGAGCAGGAGUGAAGGGUUUAUUCAAAGGAUUGUUGAGGUACCCUUAAAAGGUUGAACUGAUAGGAGCAAAUUUGAACUGUUUUGUAGUCCCUAAUAAAUCAAUCCCUCACCUUUUUAGAUGGCCUUGGAAUUCUUAUCAUGAAUUAUAUAAGGGGUGAAUAAAUUUUUUUGUAUUAGUUUUUUUAGGUUGUAGACACUUCAUUGGGGUAGUAAGAUGGAGAAUGCUCUGGAUGUUGGCUGUUCAGCUCAGAGUAAACAUUGAGUAUUUUCAUAUGCUGUGUUGCUCUUAUUCUCUAAACAUAUGUGUAGAUGGUGUUUCCAACAUUAACAAGUUAUUUUACUAUAUAGUCUUUGUGUCUUUUUCCAAGUGAAUAGAAUAGAUAUUAAACUCCCAUUGUUGUCCUAUAGUCAUCUGAACUUCCCAUUGAAAAAGACUUCUAUGGUAUUUGAAUAUAUGGUUUCAAGCACCAUGCAAUUGUCGUUCUAGGUUUUUAGCUUAUAAUCAUGCAAGUUAAGCUGGUCGAUGCUGCAUGUGUGCAUCUUCUAUGAUAUCAGCAUCCUGAAGUUUGGGACGGUGCUCAACUUUUUGCCUGAGAGAUGGGAAAUGGAAAAGGUCUUUCAGAUUCUUUCCAGGUUUUUAAUGGUAUUAGAAAAUUCAAAUAUUUCUCUUCUUUUAAUUUUCUCGGUGAGAAAAAUUGAGAAUAUUGGUUUCAUUUGUUGCAUGUUAGAUCAAGAGUUGAAUUGGUUGUCACUUGUCCAAUAAGAUUAUAUGUUUUGUUUUAGUUAAAGGAGACAUAGAUAACGGAAGGAAAUAUCAUAUUCUGAUUAGUCUGUGAUGUUUCUGUGCCAUUUGAUUCACUUGGCAACAAAAUUGAUAUUUACAGGUCAUGUUGCAUUUAUGAUUACUUGCAGCCAAUACGAUGCAGGUGACAGAAAAGGACCAUUGGAUUCUGAAUUGAUUGUAUUUUAUAAUUCUGGUGUUUCCUUAAUUUACUCUGUGACAAAAGAAGCAGAGCGUACUGUUUCAUUGCGUGUUGGAAUGCUACAAUGACUUGUUGGAAUGCUACAAUGACUUGGUAUUCUUGAAUUGCACGCAGGAAAAGGGAAAUAAAUGAAUAUUAGAUUCUGGCAGGUUUUCUUUUAUUUAUUUUUUUAAGUUGAGCAUAUCACAAAGGGAUGCCCACUGUUUUAUUUUAAACGGCAAAUGUAUAAUAUACAAAAAAUUAUUCAUGGUUAUACUUCCGUAAUUAUUAUCCAAUUUCAAAAGUCAAAGUGUUUUAAAGAAUUGUGUUAAAAUAUAUGCACAUGUUUGAUUACAUGUUCCUAAAUAUAUGCGCACAUGUUUGAUUACAUGUUCCUAUUUCUCUUCAAUGUAUCCAAAGCCUGUCAACUUGAAAGGUCAGAAAGUUUAUUCUUUUUUUUAUCUAAAUUAGUUAACUCCCGUUAACAGAUCUGAAUUUCCUUUGGAAGUUCGAUGAAAUGCAACUUGUUUGUGUUAUGGUAUAUCAACUCUCUAAUUUCCUAUACAUAUGAUUUGGCUGGCUUGAAGUUCUCAUCCACAUACAAGUAAAGGGAAGUUUGUCUGCGACUAUGAUAUGGUAUGGAGUGUUUUGACGUCUGGAAAGGAUCAUGGUGCAGUGCCUAGACAGAUUAAAGCAUUUGUGUGCUGCUAUAGCAAACUGUUGUGAUGCAGAUUUGUAUAAGCAACCCAGAGGGCUGGAAGAUCCAGAAGUUCUUGCUAGGGAAACAGUGUUUAGUGUGAGUGAAAUAGAAGCGCUGUAUGAACUGUUUAAGAAGAUCAGCAGUGCAGUGAUUGAUGACGGGCUGAUCAAUAAGGAAGAAUUUCAACUAGCAUUAUUCAAGACAAAUAAAAAGGAAAGCCUAUUCGCAGAUCGGGUAUUUGACUUAUUUGACACAAAGCACAAUGGAAUAUUAGAUUUUGAGGAGUUUGCACGCGCUCUCUCUGUAUUUCACCCCAAUGCACCAAUUGAUGAUAAGAUUGAAUUUUCAUUCCAACUGUAUGAUCUCAAACAGCAAGGGUUUAUUGAGAGACAGGAGGUAAAGCAAAUGGUAGUGGCUACACUUGCUGAAUCUGGUAUGAAUCUGUCGGAUGAUGUAAUAGAGAGCAUUAUUGAUAAGACAUUUGAGGAGGCUGAUACUAAGCAUGACGGGAAGAUUGAUAAAGAAGAAUGGCGAAGCCUUGUUUUGCGACAUCCCUCUCUUUUGAAGAAUAUGACUCUCCAGUAUCUCAAGGACAUCACCACCACAUUCCCAAGUUUUGUGUUUCACUCACAAGUUGAUGAUACCUGAGUUGUAGAUGUGAACAAGUUUUACUGAUGUAGUUUAAAAGAAAUGUGCGGUUGUGCGUGCCAAGGUUUCCUAGAUAUAGGGAGAAUGUCAGCUUGUGUUUUAAAGCUGCAAUGACUAGAGCAUGCUCUCCAUUUUGCAUUAGAUUAGAUUUCUACCUGGAACAAAUCGGUUCCUGCUGUUGUUUCUUUCUUUCUUGCGUUUGAAUGGGGUAAAUUUCAUGCUUGCAAUUAAGCUUUGAUUUAGUUUUUUGA